UUUUCUUCCAUCCCCUUCCCGUUCCGUCCCUUCUUCCCCUCCCGCCGCGAAGCACUCGAGAGUCCAGAGCCAAACCCAGCUGAAGCUAAGCAAAGAGAUCGCGAGAAGCUUCUGAAAGCUCCGUUCCUUGGAGAGAACGCAUCCAUCUCCCGCGUUCAUGGCGAGCUCCGGCGAGGAAGGGCGCGUGGUAGUGGACCUCCGCUCCGCGGCGGAGUCAGCGGGCGACGAGGACGCGCACGCCACGCCGCUCCACGAGAUCGAGUCCCUCUGCAUGCGCUGCGGCGAGAACGGCAUAACUAGGAUACUGCUGACCCUGAUUCCACACUUCCGGGAGGUUGUUCUGAUGGCUUUUGAGUGCCCUCAUUGUAGUGAAAGGAACAAUGAAGUUCAGUUUGCUGGACAGCUCCAGCCAAAGGGAUGUUGCUACCGUUUGGAAGUCCCGUCUGGGAAGAGCGAGAUACUGAACCGUCAGGUCGUGAAAUCUGAUUCAGCGACUAUUAAGAUUCCGGAACUGGAUUUUGAGAUCCCUCCAGAAGCUCAACGUGGAACACUUUCAACAGUGGAAGGGUGCAUUAUGCGAGCUGUUGAUGAGUUGCAGGCACUUCAAGAUGAAAGAAAGAAAGUGGAUCCCCAAAAAGCUGAAGCUAUUGAUAAGUUCUUAGUAAAAUUGAAAUCUCUCGGAUCAGGAGAAGUGGCUUUUACCUUUAUUCUUGAUGAUCCUUCUGGAAACAGCUUCAUUGAGAAUCCGCAUGCACCUUCGUCAGAUCCUUUGCUAUCUUUGAAAUUCUAUGAAAGGACAUCUGAACAACAAGCAGCACUUGGUUUUCUUGCUGAACCAACCAAAGAACCUGGAGAGUCUUCUCGGGAUGCUUCAACAGUGGAAGCAAAGUCUGGUGGGCUGCAAAGGAUGCCCCAUGGGUCAGUUGGAGCUAUUGCGGGUCGUCGUGCUAUAGCUCAGGGAAACUCUGAUGAAGUUACUGCAGCUUUGUGUAGAUAUUCAGCACCAGAAGAGGUUGAUACUUUGCCAUCAACAUGUGGGGCCUGUGCAACUGAGUGUGUCACUCGUUUCUUUGCUACAAAAAUCCCAUAUUUUCGAGAGGUGAUUGUUAUGGCAACAACAUGUGACGUAUGUGGUUAUCGCAACUCAGAGCUGAAGCCUGGUGGCGAAAUCCCAGCUAAAGGAAAGAAAACUACUCUACGUGUGCAAAAUGCAAAGGAUCUUAGUCGUGAUGUAAUAAAGUCAGAUUCAGCUGCGGUGCAAGUACCUGAACUUGACUUGGAGCUGUCAAGUGGAACACUGGGUGGCAUGGUGACAACUGUUGAAGGUUUAAUUGUGAAAAUAUGCGAGGCACUGGAGAGAGUUCAUGGAUUCCAAUUGGGUGAUAGCACACAUGAAUGGAAGAAGAAGAAAUGGGAUGGUUUCACGGAGAGAUUGUCAAAGCUUCUAAGUUUACAAGAGCCUUGGACUUUAAUUAUUGAUGAUGCAUUGGCGGCUUCGUUUGUUGCCCCUGCCACGGAUUCAAUAGAAGAUGACCACCAGCUAACAAUCGAGGAGUACGAGAGGAGCUGGGAGCAAAAUGAGGAGCUUGGCUUGAAUGACAUGGACACAUCAUCCGCGGACAUGGCUUACAACACGACGAGCACGUAAUGAUAAUCAUUUUGUCUUGUGCUCAAUGUUUUAACCUAACAGUUAUCUACUUUGAACUUUGAUACUCUUGUGUUGUAAUAGCUGUUACUUCUAUUUCUUCUCUGCAAACAAUGGUGCCAUUAAAUGGCAAAUAUCGUUUCGACUUUCCUGCCUUUUAGUGCAAGAAAUAGUGUUGGUUUUUACAGCAAAUCAGUUUCAAAGAUAUGAGUUAUGAGUGAA